GGGCGGCUCAGGCCCCGUUCACAGCCAGUCCGGGUGUACGCGGUCGGGCUGUGCGGGGAGCACCCUGCUGAACACCCGCACGCUGGGAGCCUGCGGGCUUGGGCUCAGGUGUUUGGUUAGGAGUGCUUUUCUGUGGGCGGUUUGCUCUUGGGAUAACGCAGGUAGGGCGGUUAGGUCCGUGUGCCGGUCUGUAGAGGGUUCACGUGGUAGGCACGCAGGGAGGAUCGAAAAUAGUUGUGCUUGAGAGUUGAAGGUGUAUCCAUCUGGAUUUUUGGUUGUUUCUUACAUUCUCUAUAGUGAGUCUUACUUACCAGGAGGGGAGGAGCGGCGGUGUGGCUGUGCCGUGUUACCCUGUGGUCUCCCCCGUGCCCCCAGGAGAAGCACACGUAAGGAGGGAAGGAGCGGCUGCCACACGGUCCCAGAGGGACCGAUACAGCCGGGCACAGUGACUGCCCGGGUUCCAUGAGCCAGUGCCACCCAGUGAUGGGUGUGAUCCCAGCCCCUGGGCUGCUCAGUGCUGCAGAGCCCCCAGCACUUCGCUUGGUGUCCAGCAUGACUGUACACACACGGUGUGCUGCUGCUCCCCAGGGCUGGCAUGGCACUGAGUGCUGGAGGGGCCUUGGGGAGGGCAGCUUACAGGACGAGGCGUGAGGCUCUCCAGCAGGGCACAGCAGCUGGGUGACACAGCUGUAACAUGCAUACAGCAUGGGCCGGCUGCAUGCAUCGUUCCCUUUGCCAGUCCACAGCACACUGUUAGUGUCUGUCUGUCAAUAUACAUUAAGGCAGCUGGUAUUUGUCUCCCUUACUCCAGUCUGUAUGUUCAUACAAGAGCAUUAUACUUGUGUGUAUUUACCUCCCUGGAAAGUAAAUCUGCUUCAUAGACGAGAUCACUGCUGUCGGUAUACACAACAAACUUGAGGUCCUUGGCAAUGCUGUGUGGCUUUGGAAGAGUAUUUCUAGCUCUCCUGACCCACUCCAUUUCUUCUUUCAGCACUUACACUUUUAAGUACUAUAAACUAAGAUAAGUACUGUAUCAGGUAAGGAAAUUAAAUUGUCUUUGUUUCCGUGCAUUUCUUUAGUGGCUGAUAGGAUAGGAGUGCAUAAAGCUCAGGGUCUUUCGAGUAAGUUUGGAGCGACAGAUUAAAAGUGAAAGAAGCAGACCAGAAGUGAAUGCAGGGGACUGAUCACAGGACUGUCAGAGGGUAAUGGCCUGGCACGGCGCACCCGCCCUUAGUCAGAGUUGGGUCCCUGGCAAAUGGAGAGCUGGCAUAGGGUGAGGGGUGUCUGCUUCCUCAGUUGGCCUUCGGAGGUGGGGGCAGGAGCUGGCAGGGGCUGUUGUGGAGGUGGGGCUCAGGAGACAUCCCGCUUCAGAAUUCAAUCAGAAUCAAAAGCAGAAUAAUUUGGGUGCUGUUCCUGCAGUGUACUCUUCCCAGGCAAUGCGGUUAAAGAGAAGCAUGCAAUGUUUUGGUGCAUAGUUUAGAUAGAAAUGUUGCACACGUGUAGUGCUGAUGUAUGCUGCCCUUGGUGGAAUGGCAUUUUGAGUCUAGGGGUGUCUUGUUCUCUUCAUGGAGUUCCUUCCAUGGAGCUGGAGAUGAAUGUGUUGCAGAGUGCUUUGGAAUUGAUAGUUCUUAAAGAAGCCGGAGAGUUUGGUCCACUGGCUGAGGUCAGCUGUACUACUCUGCCAGGCCUCGUGGCUGUAUUUUUCCCAGUUUUCUUUUUCACAGAAGUCCUCUGUGUGGCUUCACUGUGGCAGUCACUUCCAGACCAUCUCUAAAGUGUUGAGAGAGAUGGGAAGAAAUACCUUCUGAAGACUGAUCCUGGAUUUCUGCAGUCCUGGAAAGAGACAAUAAAUGCAAAGAGAGGGAAUAAGGGGAGGGAGAGAUUGCUUCUUUGUGUCAACGUGGCCACAUGGUUACUCAAGAGGAAGAGGCUGGGCACUGGAGAGGGCUCCUUUUUUCUCCUCUUCUUUUUCCCUGCUGCUCCAUCCUGAUGCUGGGAGAGGCGUGAGCAGACCAGCAGCAGCUGGCGGGAGGACAGCCCAGGAAACCUUCUGAGCCUGUAGGGCCAUGUCAGAAUUGCCAGGAUUGCUGAUACUGAUACUGAACUGAUUCAUUCACAUGGGUUAGAAAACAAGUUAACACCAAGGUGCCAACUGGACUGGCUCAUCUUGUAUGUGAAACUCUAUGCAGCCCUCCAUUCAUGCCUUGGCUGCAUCUAGAUCUCCAGCCUUUUGAGAUUAGAUGAGAAAGAAAAGUCUUCCAACUUCAGAAGAGAGACACUGCUAUGCACCUUGGUCCGCACAAAGAGCUCUCAGAUGCAGACAGAUCAGACGAGUGUCCUUACUGAGGAGCCAGUGAGGCAGCAUUUCCAACAUCUUACUGCUGCAUGUGGGAAGUUCUCUGCUGCCUCUCAGAUGCCUGGAUUUUGGGAGUUCUACUUGCUUAACCCUGAAUGAAAUUACAGGAGAAGUGAUGGUGUUUCUCCAUCCUGCUUGCAACCAUUGCCAUUCUUACUGAUAUCAAACCGGGAGAAAAUGGAAAGAAAGAGCUUCUCGUGCAUCUUCAGUAGUGCUCUUCAAGUUGUUGAAACCAAGGCUUUCCCAGAGCUGGGCAGACAACCCGGGUGUGCCCCGCUCUUCUCCUUUCCUGCUCGGUGGCCCUCCCCUGUGCUCUUCCUGAAGCUCAUAUUGUCUCACAGGGACCUCCGACUCGCAGGGCCAGGCAACCAGCAUCAAGCGUGAAAUGACCUUCCCUGCAUUUCAGCAGGAGGAUGUAAAAACUGACAUCAGUCAAAAACUGCCAGACCAACAGUUUCUCCUGUUCACCACAAAGGAGGAAGAUCUAAAAACAGCAGAGACCAAAAAAACAAGCAGAAUUCAUGAAUAUGAAAAGGAAAACACUCGUUCUGUUUGUCUUCUGGAACAGAAGCGCAAGGUUGUUUCUUCAAAUAUUGAUGUGCCUCCAGCAAGAAAAUCUCCGGAAGAAUUGGACAUGGAUAAAGUGACAGCAGCCAUGGUACUGACCAGUUUAUCCACCAGCCCUUUGGUUCGCAGCCCUCCCAUCCGGCCCAACGAAUCCCUAAACGGAUCUUGGAAAGAAGGAGGAUUUGUGCCUUCUAGUACCAGCAGCAGUGGAUACUGGAGCUGGAAUGCUCCCAGUGACCAGUCCAACCCAUCCACCCCAUCUCCACCUCUGUCAGCUGACAGCUUUAAAGCUUUUCGAACACCUUCCCAGCCAGACGAUGGCAUUGAUGAAGCUGAAACAAGCAACCUUCUCUUUGAUGAGCCCAUCCCUAGGAAGAGAAAGAACUCAAUGAAGGUGAUGUUCAAAUGCUUGUGGAAAAACUGUGGGAAGGUACUGAGCACAGCUGCGGGGAUUCAGAAACACAUACGGACCAUCCACCUUGGACGCGUAGGAGAGUCGGACUACAGUGACGGAGAGGAGGAUUUUUACUAUACGGAAAUCAGGCUCAACACGGACUCAGUAGCUGAUGGCUUAAGCAGCCUUUCCCCAGUCUCUCCAUCUUUAGCAUCUCCUCCUUCCUUUUCCACCCAAGACGCAAUCCGUCCUGAAACUUCCUGUGCCAAAACUGAGACUAAAUUGAUGACACCUCUGAGCCGCUCAGCUCCUACCAACCUCUACCUCGUACACACGGACCAUGCUUACCAGGCCACUCCUCCGGUGAACAUUCCAGGGUCAACAAAAUUCACUCCCAAUGGCAGUAGCUUUAGCAUCUCUUGGCAGUCGCCUCCAGUUACCUUCACUGGCAUUCCAGUCUCACCAACUCACAAUCGUCCUGCCGGGAGUGGAGAGCAGAAGCAGUCCCACACAGUUCUGUCAUCACCACCCAGAGUAGCGUUUGGAUUGAGGAAGCCAAGAGGGGAGGGGAAGAAGUGUCGGAAGGUCUAUGGGAUGGAGAACAGAGAUAUGUGGUGCACUGCUUGCCGGUGGAAGAAGGCCUGCCAAAGGUUCAUCGACUGAAGAGCAAAGUUAUGCAGAGGAUUUAGGGAUGGGGGAGGACAACGACAGGACCAGAUUGCUACACCUGCACUGUAUCACUUCCCGUUUCCCUCCAGUGAUGUGGUGUUGGGGUUUUUGUUUUCUUAUUUGUUUUUUGAUUUGUUGGGUUGUUUUUUUUUUUACAAAGAGAGCUUUGUAUUUCCAAGUGAAGCACUUGUAGCCAAGGAGAAGCACUAAUUAAAACCUGUGUGGAGCAAUAGAGCAAAAAAAUAAAUAAAAAAUAAAAAGCAAAACCAAGAACACACAACAAAAUUCUGUCUUACGAAGUAUUGACACCGGAGCAGCUAUCAGUGUUUUUCUGUGUUGGGUUUUUUUCGUUUAAAAAAGGAGAAGUGAAUUCCUUGUUAACUCUCUGAGCUAUUUGCUCCUUUGGGUCAUUUUUAACCAUUGCAGUCUCUUUGCUGCCAACGUCCGUAUUUGCUAAACUGGACAUUUUUUUCUUUUCCUGAAACGAAGAUCUCUUUUUGAAAGCUUUCUAAUAAACACUUCAGAGUCAUAUAAGCUACAGUUUACUCAACAAAAGCUGUAACUAAGACUGGAGACUGCUAAAUAAUUCUCCUGAUAUGAACGAUCACGAUGAGAUUAUAUUUUUGGAAAGGGGCUGUGGGAAGGAGUUGGGAUUUUUGUUUGUUUCUUUCUAGGAGAAAAGAAAAGGCAGAAUUUUCCAGAAGGACAAACUGCUCCUGGAAGGCUUUUAAACCAGGCACAGACCGGCAGAGUGGAACAGAGUAACUCACGUACCAAAUUGGAUUUUGACCCUUUGGAGGAGGAAAAGCAGCAAUGUAAAGUCACCAGCAGAUCCGUCACCGCCAGAGUGGAGGGAAGAAACGCAAUGAUGGUUGAUGGAAACCCAUAAGAAUAUAAUGGGGGUCCGGUAGCUUUUCUUACCGCUCUCCCUGUUGGUAGGGAGGAGCGACGGCUGGACCAGCACACGUGUUGCUGCAGGAGGCCUGUAAAGAGCUGGGAAAUGCACUAGGAUUCCAUGUAGUACCUGUUCAGGGACACGAUCCAGCCCAGCAGUUCUGCUCUUGCUUCCUCUUCUCUUAUUUGAGAGAUGGUUAAGAUAAUGGUUUGCUCAGCUUUUUUUUUUUUUCUACGUAUUAAAGUUGCUAAAAUUUAUUUUGCGCAAAAAAAAAAAAUGGUAAAGGAAAUACCACAUCAUCAUCUCAGAAAAAGAAGUACUACAGCAAAGGAACAACAUCUGUAUGGUAAAUGUUCAUUUCUUAACUCAUUUUGAUAAACAGAUUAACGGGUUUCUAUACUUGCAGAUGUUGGAAGGAUUGAGUACUUCAGUGUCUCUGUCCAUUAGGAAUUAUACACCUGAAUGUGGGAAGCUGUGUUCUGUCUCAACUUAUAUGGAAUUACCAUUAACUGACCAUUAUUUCAUUGCAGAAAUAAAAUAAGGAUUUACUAUGAUAUGAAUGUAUACCAUUAAAUGACACUUGUCUGUUAAACAAAGCAAGACACCUUAAGGGGGAAAAAAGAAAAGCAAAACUUUGCUUCUUACUGGAGGCAUUGAGGCCCAACAUUUCUGGCUUUUUUUCUUCAUACCAUUUGAAAACAGACCAGAUUUUUUUGUUGUUAAUUAUUUAAUCUGCCUUGUCCUCUCUGAGAGAAGGGACUCUUAAUUAUCCGGAGAGCUUUCUAAAGUGUGGUCCAGAGUUCACUUGAUAGCUUUGUUGAGCAUGCACUGCUGCUUAUGCCUGUGUGAAAGCACAGAACAACAGUGCAGGCGUCGAGAACACGCGCUAGGAAUUCAGCAAAGCAGUACUGAGAGGUGAAGGAUAUAAUAGGAGCUACUGGAGGAUGUCAUCUGGGUUCUUUUUAAACAAGUUAAUUGGGCAAUCAGAUGCAUAAUUUGAGCAUGCUAUUUCUGCAGUUGUUUACAAAUUGUGUAAUUUACAUGCACAAGCAGCGAGAUAUGCUUGCGUGCACACAAUUUCUUACUAUUUGCCUACUGUGUUCUGUAAGUCAUUUAAAAAAACAACAGGAGAUAGGCUCAAAAACAUAGAUAGACUCUGAAAUAUAUACACGUAUGUAUGUGUGCGUCUAUAUAUAUGCACACGUAGAUGUAUGUAUAUAUAAAAUCUGGGAUCAAAUGGGAGGAGAAAGAUUGGGUAUCCAUAGCCACUGUUAUAAAUUUGUUUUUUUUUCCCAGCAAAAUGUGGGUUUUCUCUGCAUGUUGUGUUGUUUCGGUUUCCUUAGUAAAAUGCCUCUGGUAAUUCAUAGCCCCAAAUUUCAUCUUCUGACACUUUGUGUAUUACUGUGGUAGGGCAUACAAGACCUGGUCCUUCAGAGAUGCUUCUGCCAAUUUGCCCCUAUUUUUACAAGCACUGCUAGACCGAUUAUAAAGCAUUUCAUAAUUAAUGUGGCUAUCGUAAGACCUUCAGUAUUUGCUUAUAUAUUUGUUCUUCCCCUCCUUUUGUGUUUUGCCUGUUUGCUUUGGAGGAUUUUGUAAAAAUAAUGUAUUAGAAUGUAUGUUAUUUUCUUAAUGUCAUGGCAUCGUGAGCACCUUUCCUGAGGGCACUUUAUGAAUUACUGUAAUAAGAUUAUUCUUUAUAGAUUUCUGCACAGAAGAUGGGGGGUGUUGUCAGCACAGAUCGCCCUCUGGUACACGUUUCAUACAGAUUACGUAUAGGCACAAGGGCUGCAAAUCAUCAGGUGUGAUAGAGAGAUUUUGUUAAGAAGCUGAGACCAGAAAAUGCUUCAUCUGCCAUAAAUCCUGCCAGGACAGAGUUAAACAAUCCGUAUUUUCACACCAAUGGCAAUCAGCAGAGUUUAUAUUGAAUGAGUUUGGCAUCCUUAGGCUGUGGCAUUCCUAGAGCUGCGUCUCGCUUGUGGUCUGGGGUGGCACAGCCCUUGUGCUGCCUGGGGCCUUCCCCAGUGCUUCAGGUCUCAAGCUCAGAUUGCUGCCUGUCCUGCCAUUACCAGGCGCCAUCUGGAGCAACUUCUUCCAUUUUUCCAUGUAUCGCUUCAGUGCUGUUUCGCGCUCUCUUACUGUUCUGCUGAUACCUGCUUUGUGUCCAAGUUCUGCGCGGUCCUUCCAGAACGAGUAAGAUCCUUUGUUUCCUAAGGAGGAACUGCCUUGAAGGGCUGCUCAAACCUUUGCUCAUUUCUCAUCAUCAGUACCCACCAUGUCCUGUAAUUUCUGUGUUCGUAGUUUAUAGGCCAUGUCUGACCUUCCAAAAGUCAGGAGCAGUAGCCAGAGCUCUUCGCACAGUGUCUGUGUGCUGCGGGUGCAUGGGUGUGUGUGUACAUGUGGCAAGAGUGGGACCUCUCCCUGAGGUGUAAGGAUGGAAGGAUCUGUGUUAGCAGUGUACUGUCACGUACUGCUGUUGGUGCUGCUUAGAGAAGCUGUCCGCAUCAGUGUCCCAGUGGCUAUCAGCAGCAUAGCUCCCAAAUCUUUUCUUUAGUUUUCUUGCUUGAACAAAGCUAUCUUCCAUGUCAUAGAAUCAUAGAAUCAUAGAAUGGCCUGGGUUGAAAAGGACCACAGUGAUAAUUGAGUUUCAACCCCCUUCCGUGGGCAAAGUGACCAACCACCAGACCAGGCUGCCCAGAGCCACAUCCAGCCUGGCCUUGAAUGCCUCCAGGGAUGGGGCAUCCACAACCCCCUUGGGCAACCUGUUCCAUUGUGUCACCACCCUCUGUGUGAAAACCUUCCUCCUAAUAUCUAACCCAAACUUCCCCUGUCUCAGUUUAAGACCAUUCCCCCUUGUCCUGUCGCUAUCCACCCUCAUAAGCAGCCAUUUCCCCUCCUGUUUUUACGCUCCCUUCAAAUAUUUGAAGGCCAGAAUGAGGUCUCCCUGGAACCUUCUCCAAGCUAAACAAACCCAGUUCCCCCAGCCUUUCCUCAUAGGAGAGAUAAAAGUCCCCAUUUAUUCCACCCCUAAACAACAACAACAACAACAAAAAUUCUGGAAAAAGAGGUAUUCUAAGAAAUGCAGUUUGAAAAUGUGAUUGUGUUCCACCUGCUUCUCUAUGAAAUAGCAGCUACUGGACAUUACAAACUCCAGUCAUCGUAUUCAUAACAAUUGUUUCCACCCUGAUGUGCCUGAUUCUCUAGUGCCUUGCACAAGUGUAAGGGGUUACACAAGAUGCAAAGUGAGCAAAAACUCUUCCACAAAGCAACGUGCAGCUUUGCAGUUGCCUGUGAUCAAUACCCGUCAUGGCAUGAGCCGGACCCAUGGGGCCAGUGUGAGUGAGCAGGGCAGAAGGCCAGUCCCUCGACUUGCUUUGCCCACGUCAGUAGCCUGCUGUGGUCAUUAGCUGUCUGACAAUGCAUGGAUUCCUCGCACCGCUCUGUCACCUGCAUCACUCUCUUCAUUCCUUCUCCCCUUCACUAGGAUAACAGACAGGCAGACAGCGGAAGGCAAAGCAUUCCCAGAAAGUUCUCAGAGGACGUGCGUUUAAGAGCGGAUUCCAGCUCUGUCUCUUGUCCCAGACAUGGAUUUCCUUGCCCCAGAACACUGUGGUUUUCAUUUAUCCCCACCCGCAGGACAGGCUGUGGUUUCCUGUCAGUGCUGUGGGUUGGGAACAGCUGGAGCCACGCAGCUCAGGAUGCAGGGCAGUCAGUCACGGCUGUUAGCGUGGCAAUGCAACGUGAUUUCUUUCAUCCUUCCUCUGUAAAUUUGUUGAAAAACCACCUCAGAACACGGACGUGAAAUGCAAAGAUUGCUGGCCAUGGGUAGAGAUCCAGCAGGUUAGCAGAGAGGCUUGUUCCUGCUUAAAUAGAAGUCAUCUGUAGGAGUGUGCUCUCCUUUUCUUAAAAGCAUUUGAAUCAGGAUACGUUUGUGAAGUCUCACCUUUAUCUUCUGUUUGCACAUUAUUGCAUAUUCCUGUGGGUGAUGGCACCAGAGCCGACCUGCACCGAGCAGUGGGUUCAGCCUGCACCUGGCAGGGCUUAGUGGGCGGGUGGCUGGGGGCUGCUGGAAAGCAGCAGUGUGAGAUUUUGGGCUACUGUACGUACAUUUCUGACACCGUCAGCAACAUAAUUGGUAAAGCAUUAGCAAAAACCCGAGAACAAGGUCUGCUUCUGAUGGCACCAAGGAAAAUAAAAUCCUUGUUGGUCCUAUGCUUGUUGAUAUUAGGGAAUGGAUCAAUUCAUUGACAAGCCGGUGUUCUGCUUUUAUAACACAUAACACCGAGAAUAUUUCUCCUUCGGUGUGAAUGGGAGACAUCUAAAAUGCCCAUGAGAUAGUUAAGCAAUGCCAAUACGAUUUCAGCUGUUAAGCUCCUUUGGACAAUACACAAUAUUACAGUGUCAGAGUAGGGUUUUGAGAUUAAAUCCAGAUUCUUGAUGUGCUUCCUUGCGAGACGUGGACUCUGAUGUGCUUAAAUGUUCAUUUUUAACAUCUUUGCCAAAUGGGAAAGGCCGCGUUUUCUAACUUGCAUUUAAAACCAGUCCUGUUCAAAAAUUUAUGUUUGACCUCAGAGUCUUUAUGUUGCCGUGUUAUACCCUGCGGCCAUUCACACACAAUGUGUAACGUGCAGAUAAACAGAAGUUACUGAACUGUUUAUACACAAUGCCUUGGGAACGCUAACAAAAAAAGAGAUACGGUUAACACAGAUUUCCUCAGGGACCAUAGGAAGGCUGCAAAGGCAGGAUGUAGCUUUAUUUGAAUGGAAGAUGGGUGAGAAUUUGAUUAUUUCUUUUUUGUAUUCUAGGCAGAUUUAAAGAGCAAUAUGUCACUACUUGAAUUACUAAGCUUGGAAGGAAGCACUAAUUGGUGAGCGUGAUCUCACUUAACACUAUCGCUUAUGAAGUUCCAAAUACAGAACAGACAUUUUAGCUGUGAGAAAAAUGGAGGAAAUGAGCUUGAACCAUAACCUAAAUACAGUACAAACCUAUACAUUUGUAUAAAUAUUUUCAGAACAUGCUGUAAAUAUUAAGGGUUCUUGUUUAUAUGAUUGCUUGAUUGAAGCGUACUUUGUUUAUAAUUGAACUACUUCUUACCAAUUUACUCCAGCAAGCAAAAAAAAAAAAAGAACAUGCUAACAUUAUAGCCCACAGGGUUUUCUGCAUUGCAAAGGGAAUGUGAGAAAAAAGAAACGUUGUAACUGUAUAUUUUACCACGUGAAAGCAUUUCUUAGAUAGGUAAGAGGUGUUCCAUCAAGUGGAAGGGAACUUACUGGAGCACAUCAGGAAGAAGUGUGUGAGCUGCAUGAAAGUGUUGUCCCACGUGUACUGUGGUGCACAUGGCGCUCCUGGAGGCACUCUGAGGGCAUCUGAGGGCUCUGAGGGCAUCGGGAAAUAAGGACGUUCACCUAAAACAUGAAGAUAUUGUGCUUUUAAGACACAGAUGAGGUUGUCCCUGUGUAAUUUUCUAGUGCUAAAGAACAUCAGUACUUUUACUGCAAUGAAAAUAGUAGCCUUAUUAGUAAGGUGCAAUACUUAUGAAGGGCUAAACUGUGGAAACAAGUGGUGUGUGGGUACACCACUGCCAAACGUGCACUCUUGUAGAACCAGCUUCUAUAGCACGGGGACCUUAGUACCUCUCUGAAAUUAUCACGUUGGUAUAAUUUUAUAACCCUUUAUUGUAAGUUAUGAAACAGAAUUUGGGAUUUCAGAAGAACCAAAAGAGGGGAAGCUGUAAGCUAUAUAGAAUUGUGGUACGUUGUCUUAUGUGCCAGAAGUAGCUUAAACACCUUCACAAAGCUAGGCACAUUUUGGAUUACUGAAAAAAAAAAAUACUACCCUUGGUUACAAAAAUAGUUUAACCUGAAUUCAGUCUGAAAUCUGCAGUAAUGUCAAGAAAAUGCCUUCUGCUGAGUAAAUUUUGCUUCAUUUCUUGCCUAGUAAUAUCAGGCUUUAUUUGUUCACAGUCAGUGCUCUGAUUGUGAAGAUAUUCCCCCACUAGCAGUACUUGGCUUGAAAUCGUGUUCGUUUGAAAGUACCUUUUGAAAUGGAGAGAUUUCUUCCUUUACUGUCCCAUAUGAUAAUGAUUUGUGCUGUCUUGAGUAGGGAGUCCAUCAAGCAAAUAGAUAUGUACAGAAAGAGUACUUUGUAGUUCUGUCACAGAAGGAAUGUGAAUGACCAAAUGGGAGGGCUGCUCACCUCGUUCCAGGUGAAUAGUGAGGUGCACAGAAUAGAGGGUGCUCAGUGUGGUGCAUCCUAGGCUUUUGCUGUAAAAUAAGGACACGCUGCUGUUUUUCCAUUGCUUACUGUUCUUGUCAUCUUCUCAGAAUCCGUCUUCUUGUGAAAGAUUGGAAGAAUUCCAUCUGCUGAACAGGAGGGCUUUGUUCUUUUCUUCUGACUUCCUCCAUUAAGGGGCCAAAGGAUAAGCUGAGAUUGAGAGACAUCAGCAGCAGACUUGAGCCGUGAGGGAAGACAUGAAACAAAAUUGCUCAGAAAAAGAAAGUAGAAUGCAUCUUGUGUCUUGGCUCUUUCUACAUGUGACUGAUACCUGUGGCUGGAGAAUAAGGUUGCACAGAGGAAACCUUGUAGCACAAUCCUCAUUCAGAUGCUAAAGCACUUUCCCCCCCCGGUCGCGCAAACAGUUUAGCAGGAAUUACUUCUAAUUAGUCUGAGGAGGAGAGGAAGAGCAGGAGGUGUUGUUCUAAGUAGAGCACCUUGUGAAGCUUGCACAAACCCGUCCCGUAGCCAAGGUCCCACACCGCAUGUCUCAUCCUGCAGUUUGCAUGAGUCCAAAGCAAUUGGUCACCGAGGUCUCUCUUGAUUUCAUUUACAAGUCUGAUAAGACGUCUUGUUGCACAAUUAAGAGGAAAAUGCACUGGAAGGAGCUGAGCUUGAUGCAUUCCAUGUUUUUCUCAGGAGAGCUGCCAUUAGCCCUGUGGAUAACUUCAAUGACCAGGACUGCUCCCAUGAGUGGCAGCUGUAGAGAAGGAAUAUUGGAUUUUCCUCCAUGCGAUUGUUCCCACUGGCACUGGGACUUACGGACCUGUGGGUGUCCCCUUCUGAGUGCUGGAAGUGAGAAAUGUGCAAUCAGGCUUUGUGAGAGGAGUAGAUAUGUACCUAGAGAUGUGCUCACUGCUGCUAGAAGGCCUUGGUGGGUUUCCAGUGAUACCAGAAUGCCUGUAGGUUGGAUGUGUCAUUUAGGGGUGGAUUUAAGAGCUGCUUGGCACGUGGUGUUCAGUGUGCCAUGCAUCCCACUACUGCCAGGCCUGGGAAGGAGGUUUCUCAGAGCAGGAUCCAGAAUGGCUGCCAGCCUGUCGUGGCCUCGCUGCCAUCAGCUGCUGCAUGCACCUCUGGGCCACCCAAUGGGAGGUAACCCAGUGCUCUUUAGGGGAAUGAAUGUUCUUUUCAGAUUGUGAAAUGGGACUGCCCUGGUUUUGCCUAGCACUGCCAUUUCAAAGCAGGUUGGGUGGACCCAAGCCUGGGCUCCUGCCCUUGCCCCCAGACUCUUCUUUCUGCUGGGGCCUGGAGAGAUCUAUCCCGGUUUUGCUGGCUUGGAUCCCUCCUGAAAGCACAGGCCUGUAUAAAAUGCCUAAGGCUGCUUCAUGGGUUGGUAGCUCUGCAUUUCAUGUGGCAGGAACGGUAACGGGGCCCUGGCCUGCCUGCUCCAGCUGUGGUCUCAGCAAGGGCUUGGACACCAAACCUCUACAGCUGCACUGGCAGCUGCUCGCUCAGAACUCCUGGAAUAAUUAAUCCAUUAUAAUUAAUUAAUUAAUUAAUCCAUUAAAACAGCAUUGACUUUGACAUGAAAAUGAUUUUGUAGAGAAAAAACAGGAGUUAUAUCAAUAAUCCUAUAUCCCGCAAACCAUAAGACUAUAUGUUAAGUGUGGCAUGGUUUUGCUAAGCAGAUACUGGAGGAGUAACGGGACAUCAAGAGCAACCUCUGGGGACCUCAGUCCGGCCCUGACCCCAGGUACACCCUGGAGCCAAGCUGAUGUUACUUGGGGUAAUUUCAGGUAAUGCACGAUGGGGAGGUGCUCUCUCUCUCUGUACAUCUCUGGGCCACAGAGAACCAGGAUACAUUUCUUGUCCUGAUAGUGGAACUUUCCUAAAUAGAAAGAUCCAUCUCCUCUUGCAUAUUUUUGGUCUCUGGAGUCAGUAGGACGGUGGUGGGGAAUGCUGGUGGGAAAGGGUUCAUAACGUACUUGGAGAAAGACAACAUCAAUUGCACUAUGAUUAUUUACACUGUGUGAAAAAAAGCAAUUAUACUUCCUAGUCAUCCACUACUUAUAUUUUAAAAGUAUUUCCGAUGAAGACAGGAGUGAACUUAGCACACAUUAUGAGUCUGUAGAAAAACAAGAGCCCAGUGGCCCAGUGUUAAUGAAUACAGAACUUCUUGUACAUGCUGCUUGCAGGAAGUAUCCAUGCAUCCUUUUGUCUCUUUUCAGUCACAAAAGGGAAAUACCUGCCUGCAUAUAUUGGUUUUCCUUCCAUUCCUAUCAAAUAUUGCUUUGGAGAGUAUAAAGUAAUUUGAAGUUCUUUUUCUGCUUUAUUGUUAGAACCAGAGCAUUUUCUCUUACAGUGUAAAUUUACUUUUGUGGAGCUUUAAUGCGCUCUGCAUUGCACUUUAUAUAUUUGUCACUUGUUGGGCCAUUUAUUUUUGAUAUACAAAACAAUAAUUUUUUUGUUACUCUAGUUUUACCUAGAAAAUAACCAUGCAACUAAGAUGUUUUUAUAAAAAUGCAAGUUCCAUGAAAUGUAGCAAAUAAACUAUUUAGAUUGGAAAUCUUUUUAAUGAUAGCGCUGAGAAAUAUUAUAGCCUCUGAAAUGAUUUACUAUGUAGGAAAUUCAAUAUAUUUAUGGAUGAGUAUCCAUUGGAGUAUCAAUAAAUGGAGUAUGGAUAAACAGGAGACAAAGCUCGAGCCGUUGGAUUUGCUUAUAUGAAAGACUUGUAUUAGUUCAAUUGAUAUGAGCCUGAGAUGGCCCUUGGCUCUGCGGGGCUGCACUCACGCGAGUAUGACUGACCUACCAUCAGAAGCCAAUGCUGUUUCUGUUUGUUUUUUUUCUGGCUUUAUCCCCUCCAGCUUGGGGAACCAGUGUCCUAAAGACAAUCUUCUUGUUCCUAAGUGCGCUAAUGAAGAACUCAUCUUCCCCAGAAUUUUGUUGUCAAGCAUGGGACCCUAACACUGUCCACAUGUAGGUUAAUAUAAAUAUUUUUAGAUGCCAAUUUCAGUGCUUUAAAUGAAAACCAAUUUCUCUGCCCCUGCACAGAAUCCCUUGAAAUUUUGUGGAGUAUGCUGAAAGAUAAAGACAUUUGUACUUUGUCCAGACUGUGUUUGUUCCAAAUCACAGCUGGUACUGUGUGUGCCUGCGAUACCCAUCCUGCAGAGCUGAGCGGUGAAGGGGACGAGGGGCUGUGAUGGCUCCUCCUUCACACGGUGAAGCACUCUCCCUAGCUGUACACACAGGCUCUCAGUCUUUGGUGGGAGACGGAAAUCCCUGUGGAAGCUCCUUGUCAGCCACGCAGCAGAGUUCCUGGCCUUCUUCAGAGCCUUCAGAUGCUCUGCUUUCUCAUUUCUGCAUCCAUAGGUGCCAGCGGAAGCGAAUGGCUCAGCCGCACAGUGUGAAGACAGUCCCAGCUUGAGUUGCAAAUGCAUCAUCUUGCUAUUGUUUCACCCAGCUUCAGCUUCACCUACAAAAGAUAAGCAGGGUCAAGGGGCUCUGACGGACGGUGGUUCUUCAGGCAGCACACACAGCUCUGCUGCCCAGCUGCUUUCUGUGUUCCUGCAUGUGUUUAAAGGAAAGUUGAAAAGAGAGAGGAGACUUUUACAAGUAGCUGAUACUGGCAAUCUCAUUUGAUCCUGCCAUCCUGAGGCAGAGGCACAGAUGUAGGUGACGUGCUUCCACUGCUGGCCACUUGCACGUGGCCCAACAGCCAGCAGACUCUGUUUCUUAAGCUGAAACCCUUCCCAGAACAGCAAAAUGCCACCAUGAAGACGUUUGUUAUCUUCCUCUCUGUCUUCUUGUUGCACUGGCGGCAGGAGAAAAGUGCAGGAAUCAUAGGAGCCCGGCCAUGACUCAUCCAAAUGCCUUUGCACUGCCACAGGUGUUAGGUGAAAAAUGUACAGUCUUGGGCUCUCCAGAAUUUUGCUGUUACUUUCCAUGCAAAAAAAAAAAAAAAAAAGGAUUUAAAGUCUUAGGGUCCACAUCUGAGUUGAUUUUGCAUGCUGAAUCAAGAGCACUUCCAACAGACUUCAGAUACGUAGGCAGUCAUCCUUUGUACAAGUGAUGACACUCGAGUGUUUUGAUUAUUUUUCUUAAAGCAUUUGUGAAAUUAGCAGUGAGCAUAUUAGUGGCUUAAAAUCUAUGAAAAUAACUGAGAUUAAGUAUUAAAAGCAUGUGCUUUCAUGUGAAACGUGAAAGAAUACUACUGAAAGUAUUUAGUUUGCUAAGCACUGGCUCCUGAGUUUGUUAAUGCACUAAACUUGCAUUUGACAGAGUAACUUCUUCUAAAUAGAGCAAGUAAUAAUUUCUUCUCAAAUUAUUUGGAUAAUUCAGGAAAUGAACAGUUUGUUUCUGGUCACUGGGUUUUAGAAGGAAGAAAUCUCAUCCUCCUUUUAAAAUUCAGUAUUUGGAUGGAAAAAAAUCUUCUUGCUUUUCCAUUCCCAACUGAAUGAUCAGUUCAAGUAAGGAUCUAAGUCAUCCCAUAACUUUUUUUAAAGUAAAAACUAGGAACAUGAAGAAACAUGAACGUGAGGAAUCAUGAACAAAGUCAAUAACUAUUUUCAGACCAUUCUGAUUAGUAAAAGUCUUUGUUAAAAUUAUGUUCUGUUGCACAGCUCCCUGAUUUAGUGAGAAAGCAAUUUUUCUUCUGAAAGAAAGAAAAAAGAGGGAAAAGGACAAAUGGAAAACAAGAUUAAACGAGAUCAUUUAAACCCAGGUUUCCUGCUUGUUUUUAGGUCCAUCCCACCCAUUCUAUCACUGUUGUGUGUUCAGGGAUGCUCAGGACAACAGACAUUCCUCACGGGGAGCAGCUCGGUUCCAAAGUGUGAAAUCAAAGCUGUGAGCAAAUUCAAAAUAUUAGCUAUUGCCAAAAAAAGCAUCAAAGCACUACUUGCUACUGAACGGGAAUUUCAGUGUUUCAAAGGAAUCACUUUUUAAUCUAGUUCAUUGCUGUAUUUACAAACAGGUUGCUGUUGUUCUGCUUGCUUGUCUCUUAGGGCUAUGUUUGUCCACACACCUCGGAGCAGGGCACACUGGUACUCAGAUGGCCACAACUGAACUGGAAUCUCUCACAAUUCCCAGUUACGUUACACAUUUUUUUGAAGAAACAGCAGUCUUUGAAUGAAAAACUACUUAAAAGCAUCUCAAAAUAAGGCAACGAGAAAAAGAAACAGCUUUGUUUGGGAAAUACCACCAAGUUCCCAUCAACCCACAAGAUGCGUGCUUAAUUGCCCUCCUGUAGCUUUGUCAGAUUGCAUUUCUGUUGAAGGCAGGUGGUGAUUAAACUACAUAGCAUAGAGACUUCCUUUGAUCUAUGUAAAUGAAUGUAUAUGUAUAAACUAUGCAUUUUCAUCCAGCUGCAAACUGUAUCUCUAAGUGGUUAAAUCUAACCUCUUCCUCAAUGUUAGUAACUCCCAAACUCCAGGAGAUGAAGGUGCUCCUCAUCUUUUUUAGCAUGUAAUUCUCUCCUGUCUUGCUUCUGUGCUUUACAAAGGCAAGAUGUGUGGUGGGGGAGCUGCAGGGCCCAACGAGCAGUGAGCAGGGCCAUGGCUGAAGCAGGAACACGCGAAUGAGACCAGGUUGGGCCCAGCAUGGUUGAGCAGAGGGCUGCAGCUGCUGCUCCAGCUCCAGCACUUCUUUCACAAUUGGGCAGCAGAGCAGGACUAGCAGCUACUGCCUCACACGGGGUCAGUGGGAGUGUGCAGCAGUGCUGGAAGAAGCUAUGCCAAGGAGGAGGUCACUGCAGACUGGGUUUACAGCCCUCACUGUCUCCUUGUGAGAGCCUUUCUGGCCACCACAGCCCCAGGUCUGCCCUUACCUCUCCGUGGUACACAGGAGCCUCCUUUGGCUGCAGAUGCCUGGCAGCACUCACAGCAUGCAGUUCUUCACGGUGAGCACUGGUGGGGCUUCAGGAGAGGAAGGGUCAGGCCCUGUUCUGAGCAUAUCCCUGCUAGAAGGAAUUAGGAGAGGUGAAAAAUGGAGGUCUCGUUCUAGUAGCUGUUGUAAUGAAGGCAAAAGGUGCUGCAUGCAAUGUUAUUGCUUACAUUUCAGGUUGUUGCUGUAAUAUUCAUCAGCCCGGUCUGGUCAGUGACCUAAGUGUGUUUCAUAUGGCUUAUCUUGCAGGAAGAAAGACCAAAAAAAUAAAAAAAAUAAAUAGAAAGAAAGAAAAGAUCCUUGCUUUAAAGUAAAAGCAAGAGUGGACUAAAUCAAAUCUUUCUCUCUUCUUUAUAUGCAACCUAUUCAAAUAUUUGAUACUAGUAUGGCAGCAGUGGUAUUUUUAUCUAUCCAGAGAUGUGCAUUCAUUUAGGUUAUGCUUGAUUGAGAAGUAUUUUUGCAGUAUGUAUUUGUAUUUGAUGGGCUUCGGCCCUUCAUUUUGUAUUCUUUACAAGAAUUAGCAUGGAAAUGAUGCUUCCCCAUUUAUUGAGCUACCUGACCAUCCCAGCUGUCUGCAUACAAAAUAUUUCCAGAACUUUGGAGGAUUUGGGAUUUUGGUUUGGUUUAAACACUGUCCUUCUUUAAAAAAUAAAAAUAAAAAUAAAUGCAGUGCUAUUUUAAUAGCAAAGCAUAUUCCUUACCAGGGCCCCUGCGAUGUGAUGCAGAGAACCCAGUGACAUGAUGCAAAUGUGGGUUCUCAGCAGCCACAGCUCCCAUGGCUGUAGCAUGUACACCAGCAGAGGAGCUGCCCCCAGGAGGGGUAUGUGGAGCUGUGGGGUGCUCAGUGUGCAGGGGGGGGGCUCUGUGGAGCUGGCACAUCCUCCUACCAGGACGUGGCCUGUAACAGCAACAGAAGGACACUGCUGCAUCUCUCUGCAACCCGUGAUGUCCUGCAGGUCUGCCGUGGCUCCGGCUGCAGUCCCUCAGCUCAGAACCCUGAGCGCAGUGCUCGGGCUUUGGCAUCACUUACGAUCACAAAGGUAACUUUUUAAAUGAGAAAGAGCUUCCAACUCUGGCACUAAUGGAAAUACUGAAUACUUUUAAUAUAUAUAUAUAUAUAUUUGGAAAGUAUUUGAAAAAAAAAAAAAAAAAGUGUGUUUUUUUAUACAACUUUUAGCCAAAUAGAAGCAUUCUGAUUAUUACUUCUGUGGACAGCUGUCCACCUGUAAAUAAAUUCCUAUGUUCAGGUACCUGAACCUGAAGAAAAAAAUAAUAAAGACUGUUCAGCGGCUAUGCGCUUUGCUAGCUCUUGGUUCCUUUGUACAUAAGAGGUAACUGUUUAAAUGUUGGGUGGGUUUUUUAUUUAACUGCUGUUCCUCUAAAGAAAGAAGAAGAAAAAAAAAUCUUUUGACUUUGUUUUCUCUUUUCUGAGUCAAUACAAAGAUUUUCUAACUUUUUACUGCAGAAAUGGAUAAAUCCGUGGUGCUAUGAUGUGAAUCUGAGAGUCAAACUGGCCAUAGCAGACACACCGGUUAGGGAUGCACUUUUCCUGUGGCACACAAUGUAUUUUCUCAGAACGGACUUUCAAAGGACCAUCAGAUGUUUACAUUUCUUCUUGUUGCCCCAAAUAGUUUUGGAUAUUGAAAUAACUUCCAAAAAUAGAGAAAGACGUGAUGCAUUACCGAUGUGAUGAAUCCUUACAUCUAGGUAUCUACAACAGGUUUGUACAAAUACCAUUUUAGAGAUAGUUGAAAUAUUGGGCUUUCAUACUUUGUAAUGCUUUGAUGUGACAAUAAAUAUGCUGUUGCUAUCUAUCUAGUCUAACCUCAUUGUAGACCUGUAAUUUCCUGUUUAUGGUUAUGUCAUGAAUUGCACUGGCUUGACUUCAGCCAAAUACUGACUGUUCAGCUGAAAUAUUCCGACUGUUAUGAUGUCCACAAAACAUUAAUUAAAUGCACUUGUAACCGACUACUGAGGAGUAUGUCAAGUUAUUCAUGUAAUAAAACCCAUAUGUAUAACUUCUGCAA